CUGGGGCGGACUUCCAACACCUGCUGGGCCGCGAUCCUGCCUGGGGACUUCCCGCCGUGUGCGCCCUCCCCACGCCACAGUCAGGCAACCCUCGGCCUCAGCGGCGCACAGGGUGGAGCCCGGCUGGGACCCUGCUGGCCUACAAAGGGCUAGCCGCCGGGCCUCCGACACUCCGGGGCAGAACCGCCACCCACCUGCCAGCCAGCCGGGGCCCAGGCUGCGGCCGUCCCCCUCCCGCUCGGCUCCGCGUAAAACCCGGUGCGGAGGCCGGUCCUCGGCUCCCUAGAGGCGGCGCGGCGCGGCGGACUGGGCAUGCGCAAUGCGCAGGGCCGGCUCCCAGCGCCAAAAGGAAGCGUUCUCGGAGAUCGCAGCGGCUGCGCCGGGGUAUGCGGAACGGGCUCGCGUGGCUGCUGCAUCCCUCGCUACCCAGCACCUUGCGCUCCAUCCUCGGCGCCCGCCCGCCGCUAGCGAAGCGACAGUGUGGUUUCCAAAAAACGACUUACAGCAAAAUGAAUAAUCCAGCUAUCCAGAGAAUAGAAGACCAAAUUGUCAAGUCUCCUGAAGACAAGCGAGAAUACCGUGGACUGGAGCUGGCCAAUGGUAUCAAAGUGCUUCUCAUCAGCGAUCCCACCACGGACAAGUCGUCAGCGGCCCUCGAUGUGCACAUAGGUUCAUUGUCAGACCCUCCAAAUAUUGCUGGCUUAAGUCAUUUUUGUGAACAUAUGUUGUUUUUGGGAACAAAGAAAUAUCCUAAAGAAAAUGAAUACAGCCAGUUUCUCAGUGAACAUGCCGGAAGUUCAAACGCCUUUACUAGUGGGGAGCACACCAACUACUAUUUCGAUGUUUCCCACGAACACUUAGAAGGAGCCCUGGACAGGUUUGCCCAGUUUUUCCUGUGUCCCUUGUUUGAUGCAAGCUGUAAAGACAGAGAGGUCAAUGCCGUCGACUCAGAACAUGAGAAGAACGUGAUGAACGACGCCUGGAGACUCUUCCAGUUGGAAAAAGCUACUGGGAAUCCCAAACACCCCUUCAGCAAAUUCGGGACAGGAAACAAAUAUACUCUAGAGACUCGACCCAACCAAGAAGGCAUCGAUGUAAGACAAGAACUCCUGAAAUUUCAUUCUACAUAUUAUUCGUCCAAUCUGAUGGCUAUUUGUGUUUUAGGUCGAGAAUCUUUAGAUGACCUGACUGACCUGGUGGUGAAGUUAUUUUCUGAAGUAGAGAACAAAAAUGUCCCUUUGCCUGAAUUUCCCGAGCACCCUUUCCAAGAAGAACAUCUUAGACAACUUUAUAAAAUAGUACCCAUUAAGGAUAUUAGGAAUCUUUAUGUGACAUUUCCCAUCCCAGACCUUCAGCAGUACUACAAAUCUAAUCCUGGUCAUUAUCUUGGUCAUCUAAUUGGGCAUGAAGGUCCUGGAAGCCUGCUGUCAGAACUAAAGUCAAAAGGCUGGGUAAAUACCCUGGUUGGUGGACAAAAGGAAGGCGCCCGGGGUUUUAUGUUUUUCAUCAUCAAUGUAGACUUAACUGAAGAAGGGUUGUUACAUGUUGAAGAUAUAAUUUUGCACAUGUUUCAAUACAUUCAGAAGCUACGUGCAGAAGGACCUCAAGAAUGGGUUUUCCAAGAGUGCAAGGACUUGAAUGCUGUUGCUUUUAGAUUUAAAGAUAAAGAGAGACCUCGAGGCUAUACAUCCAAGAUUGCAGGAAAAUUGCAUUAUUAUCCCCUAAAUGGAGUGCUCACAGCUGAAUAUCUGCUGGAAGAAUUUAGACCCGACUUGAUAGACAUGGUUCUUGAUAAGCUCAGACCAGAAAAUGUCCGGGUGGCAAUAGUUUCCAAAUCAUUUGAAGGGAAAACUGACCGCACAGAGCAGUGGUACGGAACCCAGUACAAGCAAGAAGCCAUCCCAGAGGAAGUCAUUCAGAGGUGGCAAAAUGCCGAAUUGAAUGGGAAAUUUAAACUUCCAACAAAGAAUGAGUUUAUCCCUACAAAUUUUGAAAUUUUGUCAUUGGAAAAAGAUGCGACGCCAUACCCUGCUCUUAUUAAGGAUACAGCCAUGAGUAAGCUGUGGUUCAAGCAAGAUGAUAAAUUUUUCUUGCCGAAAGCUUGUCUCAACUUUGAGUUCUUCAGUCGCUACAUUUAUGCUGAUCCUCUCCAUUGCAACAUGACAUACCUGUUUAUCAGGUUAUUGAAGGAUGAUUUAAAAGAGUAUACAUAUGCAGCACGCCUGUCAGGUUUGAGCUAUGCCAUUGCAUCAGGGAUGAAUGCAAUUCUUCUCUCAGUGAAAGGUUACAAUGACAAACAGCCAAUUUUGCUAAAGAAGAUUACUGAAAAAAUGGCCACUUUUGAGAUUGAUAAAAAAAGAUUUGAAAUUAUAAAAGAAGCGUACAUGCGCUCUCUGACUAACUUCCGGGCGGAGCAGCCUCACCAGCACGCCAUGUACUACCUCCGUUUGCUGAUGACUGAAGUGGCCUGGACUAAAGAUGAGUUGAAAGAAGCCCUCGACGAUGUUACCCUUCCCCGACUUAAGGCCUUCAUACCUCAGCUGCUGUCACGGCUGCACAUUGAAGCCCUUCUCCAUGGAAACAUAACAAAGCAGGCUGCAUUAGGAAUUAUGCAGAUGGUAGAGGACACCCUUAUUGAGCAUGCUCACACCAAGCCGCUCCUUCCAAGUCAGCUAGUUCGGUACAGAGAAGUCCAGCUCCCUGACAGAGGCUGGUUUGUUUAUCAGCAGAGGAAUGAGGUUCACAAUAACUGUGGCAUUGAGAUCUACUACCAGACAGACAUGCAGAGCACCUCGGAGAACAUGUUCCUGGAGCUUUUCUGUCAGAUUAUCUCUGAGCCUUGCUUCAACACACUGCGCACCAAGGAGCAGCUGGGCUAUAUCGUCUUCAGUGGACCUCGCCGAGCCAAUGGCAUCCAGGGCUUACGGUUCAUCAUCCAGUCUGAAAAGCCACCUCACUACCUGGAAAGCAGAGUAGAAGCCUUCUUACUCACCAUGGAGAAGGUCAUAGAGGACAUGACGGAGGAGGCCUUCCAGAAACACAUUCAAGCAUUAGCCAUCCGUCGACUCGACAAGCCAAAGAAACUCUCCGCCGAGUGUGCCAAGUACUGGGGGGAGAUCAUCUCUCAGCAGUACAAUUAUGACAGAGAUAACAUAGAAGUUGCAUAUUUAAAGACGCUUACCAAGGAUGAUAUCAUCAAGUUCUACAAGGAAAUGUUGGCCGUGGACGCACCAAGGAGACAUAAAGUAUCCGUCCACGUUCUUGCGAGGGAAAUGGAUUCUUGUCCUGUUGUUGGAGAGUUCCCCUCUCAGAAUGACGUAAACUUGUCAGAAGCACCAGCCUUGCCACAACCUGAAGUGGUUCAUAACAUGACAGAGUUCAAGCGUGGCCUGCCACUGUUUCCCCUUGUGAAACCACAUAUUAACUUCAUGGCUGCAAAACUCUGAAGAGAAUGGAUACGUUCCUGUGUCUUCAAAGGCCUGGGAAAGCAAUCUUAACCACUUGAGUAGUUUCUGGCUUGCUGUUAGAGAGACAAACAGAAAAGAGUUAUCAGACAUUAUUAUAUAGAAAUGUUAAAACCCAAAGUAAUAAAAUUAUAAAAUCUUA